CCGGUGCUUUGCCCGUAGCAAAGAUGGCGGCGGCAGCGCCUGUUUCCGGGCGCCCCGGGGUGCGGUGGGGAGCGGCGGGGAGGCUGCUGUCCUGAGCCGGGCGGCGGGUCAGCGGGGCGGAGAUGGCGGCGGCCGACAGCUCUCCGAGCAUCGUCGAGUACUUCGGCGGAGAGGAUGGCUACCGCUGUGGCUACUGCAAGAGCGACACCGGCAACCUCUCCCACGGUAUGUGGGCACAUUCAAUGACAGUUCAAGAUUACCAGGAUCUCAUAGACAGAGGAUGGCGAAGAUGUGGAAAGUACGUCUACAAACCUAUCAUGAAUCAAACGUGUUGUCCUCAAUACACAAUAAGGUGCCAAGCUUUGCAUUUUCAGGCCUCCAAAUCUCACAAGAAAGUUCUGAAGAAGAUGUUGAAAUUCAUUUCCAAAGGAGAUGUUUCAAAGGCAGCGAGCGAAGAAGAGCCUAUGGAUUCCCAUGUAGAAGAUGCGAUCACGUGUGAUUUUCCAUACAAAGCUGAAUCUCAUGUCAGUCAGUCUGAACUGACUCCCCUGAGUGUGGAUCACGCAGAGAGGGUGGAAAAUGAAGAUGAGGACACAGGAGAAACAAAAGAAGAGGUGAAUGAGCACAAGGUGGAAUCGGGUUCUCGUCAGAUAUGUGCAGAUAACGACACGCUGCUCACCAGAGGACCAGCACAUUCGGCUAAAAUUGGUCACGCACCUCCUAAGCCAGGGAAAGGGGCUGACCUGAGCAAGCCACCCUGUCGCAAAGCAAAGGACAUACGGAAGGAAAGAAAACUGCAGAAGCUCCUUCGCAAGCAGCCGUGCACGAUUGAAGGCUCUCAGUUUCAAGCGGGAGAUCCAGGUUUCCUCUUGCAAAACUCUAAAUCUAAACCAAACCAACCUAAAACCAUUGAGGACUUCGUUUUUGUCUCUUUACCUGAUGAUGCACCACACAAAUUAGAGGUGAGGGUGGUGAGAUCAUCUCCGCCAAGUUCACAGUUCAAAGCCACAUUUCAGGAGUCUUACCAGGUCUAUAAACGUUACCAGAUGGUUAUUCACAAGGACCCACCUGAUAAACCAACUAUAAAUCAGUUCACCCGAUUCCUCUGUGAUUCUCCCCUGGAGGCAGAAGAUGGACCAAAUGGACUGGAAUGUGGCUAUGGUUCUUUCCACCAGCAGUACUGGCUGGAUGGGAAGAUAAUUGCUGUCGGUGUCAUUGAUAUCCUGCCCUACUGCGUGUCCUCUGUCUAUCUGUACUAUGAUCCAGACUAUUCUUUCUUAUCUUUGGGAGUCUACUCUGCGUUACGGGAAAUUGCUUUUACUAGGCAACUUCAUGAGAAAGCUCCUGAUCUCUGUUUUUAUUAUAUGGGUUUCUACAUUCAUUCGUGCCCCAAAAUGAGAUACAAGGGUCAGUACAGGCCCUCGGACUUGUUGUGUCCAGAGACGUACGUCUGGACGCCUAUUGAGCGAUGUCUGCCCCUGCUCGAGCAGUCGAAAUACUGUCGAUUCAACCAGGAUGCAACGGCAGUUGAUGAAGGUCGUAUUAAAGAGCUGGGUAGGGUGAGGGUACUUCACAAGAGAAUCGUGAUGCCUUACAGCGUGUACAAGAAAAGAAGGAAGGGGCCAAGCGACGAAGCCAGCGUUCAGCAAUACGCAAGUUUGGUUGGCCAGACCUGUUCAGAAAGGAUGUUGUUGUUUAGGAGUUGAAAAAAAUCAUUAAAUGGCAUUUUGAUGGCGCUACAUUUUAUUGCACUGCCACUGGAUGGUGUCUACUGUAGUUGUGUGUUGGUUGGUAUGUCUACGCAAAUAGCAGUACAAAACGCAGGUAUAUAUCCAGGCUUGUGUGAAUACAUGGUACUGUGUUUAAAGGCCAGCUCCAAUAAAAUUUAUAAUACAGCAAGGCUUUAGCAGUAUAAGCUUAGAAAAACAUGCUUGCAAUAUAUUUUAAUUAAGUAGUUCUAGCCUUUCUGUGCAUUUUGAGUAAUUGAAAGUAUCUAAGCAAAAUUAAAAACAGGCGUCUUUUUUGUAGAGGCAAAGGUUGACUAAAUCUAGAAUAAUAAUAAUUAAAUUACAAAUAUUUUUGAAUAGCACCUUGGCUAUCUGUCAUUUAAAAUUGCCAUGAAAUGUAUGCUCGCAUUUGUAUGCUCCUGAACUCUUGCAAGAGAAUUUGAAAUGUGCUGUUACUUUCUAACGUGAAAUCUGGCAUGGUUUAAUUUUAUUUCAGUAGUAUAUUUAAAAACCAGGAGGAAAAUAUCUUCACUGCACAUUCUUCAUUUGUUUAAAGCCGUAGGUUAGUGUCUGAGGUCCUAGUGAAUGUAGGAGUUGAUGAUGCAGGGCUUUGGAAAACUUUCCCGUUUGGAGAAGAAAGAGAAUAGUUGCACUAUAAAUAUACCAAAGAUAUGCAGCCAAGUGGCACAGUGGGUUUUUUGGUAUAAGCCUUAUCCUUUGUCUAAAAAGAGCAGAUAUUUUAAUGCACAUCGCUCAUGUGAAAUAGAGCUUGGGAGGUUUCCCCUGGAGCUCCUCAGUGCACAUUUCAAUACUAUGCUAAAAAAAAGGACUGAGGUACCACUGCUGGCUUUUGUUGCAAUUUUUAUUCUACAGAAUUGUAUGGAAAGACUUAAAUAUCAUAUUUCUGCAUUUUUACUGACUGUUUUGUUUAUGGUGCAGCAGCUCACGGGUUAACAUCUUUAAUAAUGUUUUACUAAAUACUUCUGUUGGAAACACAGGAAGUUGUGAUGCUUUAUCAAAGCACUUUAUUUUCUUAUAUAUGAACGCUGUCAUUAGUAAUUUGUGUCCCUACCAAGUCAUACAAGUUAUAGGAAUUUGGGGAAAUAACACCGUUGUAUAAUUCAGUAGCCUAUCACAACAUUGAAAUGAUACCAAUGCAUUUGUGUAUCUUCUUGGAUAUAACAGGAGCUCAUAUUCACCUUGAAUCAAGUUGAACUUUCUUGUUAAACAUUGAAGAAAGAUUCUUAUUUAAGAAUAUAUGUGUAGAUGUUUUUCCCCAGACAGGGAAGUUUUACUCUCUGAGAGUAACAUCUCUUGUCAUUCAUGGGCUUGAUUUAAUUUUAAACACUUGGCCGAUAAUAUUAAUGGUUGAUUUUUAUGUGGAACCAGACGUAAGAAUUUGGGGAUUCAAGUGCAUUGCAGAUGUAACUUUUUUCCAUAUCUGUUCGAUCAUUUAAAUAUUAUUGACAGAGAGCACAGCUUCAACAGUAAUUUAAAAAAGUAAUUUUAUGUCUUAUUAAGGGGAUUUAUUGUAUUGAUCUACUCCCAGUCUGCAACAAAAUCAAUUAUGUCUGUCAACAUUAAAUCUGGUAUGUGUUUGUCUCUUGCCUGGUACAGAGAAGCUUCUGUAUACCAAACAAGGUAGUUUGUCCAUGUCUUAUCUAAACCUAUUGUCAGGGGAGAACCACUAAAUGUGACUUAUGAACAUUAUAAUAAGGAGUUCCUUUCUGUGGAGAAAAUACUCUUGUCACUCAGUGAAAUGUUAAAUAAUGUAACAUUUUUUGCCUACCCAAUGUGUUGGAAAGCGGUCAUGCCCAUAUGGCUUCAAACCAAACUAAAUGAGAAAAACAUUAUAUAUUACAUAAAAUCAGUUAAUGGGCACAGAGGAGUUCUAGUAUGACUUGCAAAAUCUUAAAGAUUAUGAAAACCAUUUAACGAUGGUUCUUGCUGUGCUCCUGGAGAAGUUUUUGUUAAAUUGUAAGGGAGCAGAUGUAACAUCACCCUCAUCACUGAGAGUUCUUGAGGAACUCCAUCUUUUGUGCCCGCAAUUUGUUACUGAUUUGCCUUCUAGAUAUGUAGUGGACUUUCACAUGAUGCUCUGUUUCUCUUGGGCAUCUUUUAAAGACUGCAGUUAAAUAGAAGUGAGGUAAGUAUAAAAUGGAAAAUUGAGUACAGCUUGAAGUUGUGAUUGGCGUGACCACUAAAGGUAAAUGACCGUUUUCUGUGAAUUCUGACAUGGUGCUUUUCCUUUCUGACCUCCCCUGGAACUGCAGCACCACGCGAGCUUCUCACUCUUACUGAACUCAAAAAUAUAUGUAUAUCUAAAAAAAAACAGUCAACGUUGAGAUUAAGUCAAAAAUUGAGUUCAUCUGGUGUAGUAUGCCGAGAUUUGACUCGCUUCUUCAGUGUUAUUUUAGAAGGAAAUUGGUGCGAUAUUCUUCAGGACUGAUAACUCUAUCCCUGGUUUAGAAAUGGAAGAGUCUGAGGAUGAAGUUCUGUAAAUUUUGCUAUUGACUUCAGAGGAGCUGAAAAUUCACCACUAUUACAAUUUUAUUUAAUAAGAUGUUGUCACUGAGAAUUGUUGACUUUAGAGAUGUUUAAUUUAGUACAACCUAUUUUAUAAGAGGUUUUUCAGUGUAGUUAAUUUGUGAGACUUAAUCUCUAAGGUUGCCUUGUCUGUUGAUAAAUGAGCAUAAAAUGGUUGUAAGAAAGUGCAGAUCUCUGACCAGUGCUAAAAAAUACCUUUCGUUGUUUUAAUUGGAAAUAAAUGGGAAGCUUACUUAUUUUCAGCAUCAACACAUUUCACUAAAUGCAAAAGAACCUGCAUGUUGAGUUUGUAAUUGCUUUUCACCGGGCCUGUUUGAUUUCUAAUUAUAGAAAAUAAAUUUAUUUCUAGUCGUAUAGAAAAUAAA